AUGGAUAAACUUCCACCAGAACUUGUUCUUCACAUUGUCCAAUUCUUGACGAGUCUUAAUGACAAGUGUCAAUUAUCCAUCUGCUGUCGACGUUUCCAUACCCUUCUUUGCAGUCAUUCCUGGUGCUGGUCGCCACUCGACUUUUCUCCUUACAGCAAUCGCUUGAACAAUGCCACGCUCUUGUCCAUUCUCAAACACUGCUCCAUCCCUUGCAUUCAACCAGCUGACGUGGUUCGUCCUGUGCCGUGCUCCAAUCCAACAAAGUGGGUGCGUGAACUUGACAUUAGUGGGUGUUGGUCCUUGACACCAGGAGCUAUUCAUUUGUUGGCGUGUUCGUUGCCGUAUCUUGAGACGCUUGGAUUGAACAAGUACACGUCAAAGAGUGGUAGUGGUGAUGGUCAAUGGAAGUCAUUUGAACAUCGAGAGCACUUGUAUCAUAUUCAACCUUCACACAACUUAUCAUCUCUUGCUAUGGAUUUGGCCAAGGAAGCUUCAAUGGGAUUGGGAUUAUCAGAGACGACGAUACAACAGGUGGUUAAACAAUGUACAGAGAUCCAAACGUUAUCACUGCAAUAUCAACAACUCGGUCGUACAGCUUGCAAUGCCAUCAUUCGACUCACGCAUUUGCGUCAUCUUGAUAUCUCUUCAUGCGCGACGGAUCAACCAGUGCUCCAGAUCCUUCUUCGCAAUAUUGGCCAUCGUUUACUUUCGCUCAAGAUGCUUAAUCUGGAUUUGACCGAUUUGACACUAAUCAGCAUCAAGCAACAUGCAAGAUAUUUGAAAUGUCUCCACUUGUCGUGUGCUGAUCCUUCUCGUCUCAUCUCUAUCGCUCAUGUUGUCGGCUCUCUUUUACAUCUCGAGGAUUUUCGUAUGACGCGGCUACGCACAGGCAACAUUGAUACCAUCAUCCAACGUCUCAACCCAUCCACUAUCAAACGACUCGACUUAUCACCCAAGAUGGACUUACAUCCACUUCACAGCUCACGUUCAUUUUCACGGCAACUUGAGGGAAGGGGUCGGGUUGUUGCCAAUGGAAACAGUCGUGGUCGCCUAAUAAAGAGCCGGCCACCCAUCAUCACCUCACAUCAACAACAACAGCAACCAACAAUGGCGACUCGUUUCACGCGUACCGAGCAUGAAUUGGAUAUGACGGAUCAAUCAUUUGCGUUACUAGCACAACGAUUCUUUGCAUUGGUCGAGCUUCGAAUAUGCUAUCCACGUCUCCAUGACCCUGAAUCCAUGACAGCCUUCCUCACAGCCGUAGCGCCUCGUUUACAAGUUUUGGAAUUGCGUCUUGAAAUGCAAAAGAACAACAAUUACAACUACAGCAAUGGUCGAUCAACAGCAGCAGCAGCAGCAGCAGCAGCAUCAGAGGCCAAUUUGACACCUUUGGAUAUGUUGCAAGGAUUACAACAUGUACAAAUGCCGCAAUUACAUGAAUUGGGAUUGUAUCACACGUGGAUGAGUCCAGCCACAGCAUAUGCUCUAGGGCACAAUCUCAGGCAACUUACGCACAUGACCAUCUACAAUUGUGGAAGGCUUGUGGAUUCAGAGCCGGAUUUGGUACGUUUCUGGUUAUUGUCCCAUCCACGGUUACAGGAAUUGAGAUUAGGCAGAUUGGGUCAUAUACGGUGUGAUAUUCUGCAAGACAUUGCCGUGGCUGAACAACAUGGCGAGGAGAACAAGCCCACUACUUUGGGAAUGAAAAACACCAACAGCGUGGAUGGAGAGAUGAUGUUCAAGAAACGAUUGUCACCUGGUGAACAGAUCUUUGUUUAUUCCUCUUCUUGA